CUUGUGUUUUGUUCCCUUCUGCCAUGAUUGCUAAAUUGCGUUAGAAAUAAGAUUUUUCAUAGUUCCUAAAAAUAUAUUAACUACGAAAUAAUGAAUUUACGGUGGGUUUAAAGUGUCACUAUGUAAACGCUGGAACACUGCGCCGUUGCCAAGAGGAAGCGGAAGAAAGGCAGAUGGGCAGAACAUUUUAUGUUAUCAUUAAGAUUUUCCCGUUUUGCAUCUAAAUGUUGCCUUUUGUUCAGGCGAAGCGCUCGGGAAACGUGACUGUCCAACCCGAUGUAGCCUGACGAAAGCCUACAAGCGAUUUCUGGGCUAACCCUGAUUCGUGCAUCUUAUUGGCACCACGGCUGCGGUGGACAGUCGCCGCGCUCGAUCUCGCCCGGGGGUAGUGAGAAGUACCACGAAGGGCAGCAGAAGCAGUGAUACAACAGGCCUAUUGCUAAAUCCCUGCACGACUGUCUGACUUUUAGCUGCAUAACGUUGAAACCAUGUCGCGAAUACUAUUUUGUUAGCAUGCAAACGGUGCAAUGAGCAUUGCCAGUGAAUCCCAGCUGCAUAAAAUAAGCAUCAUCGUUGUGUUGUCUGAAGAUUUUAUUCCUGCCGAAGAGUCGACCCAUUUCACCAGCGCUUAGACUGCUAUGGAUUUCCCGUUCGAUUUAAACGGUCUUUUUCCCGAGAGAAUUUCUAUGCUGGAUCAAAAUUUGUAUGCUGGCCGAAAAACGCACGGAAGACUUGAUGCCCAAAAUCAGACUGCCAUGGUCAUUGAUGAGCUGGGGAAAGCUUCAGCCAAGGCUCAGCAGUUGCCAGCACCAAUAACAAGUGCAUCAAAACUCCAGUCCAACAGACAUCAUCUGUACCUGCUGAAGGAUGGAGAGCGUAAUGGAGGUAGAGGAGUUGCAGUAGGAUACCUAAAAGUUGGAUACAAGAAGCUGUUUCUACUUGACCAGCAGGGGGCACAUGUGGAGACGGAACCCCAGUGCGUGCUGGACUUCUAUGUGACAGAGAGCAUGCAGCGACACGGAUAUGGGCUGGAGCUGUUCCACUUUAUGCUGGAGCAUAAGAAAGUCAAACCUGAACAAAUGGCAUAUGAUAGACCUUCCUCCAAAUUCCUGGCCUUCCUAGAAAAGCACUUUGGACUUAAACACAGUGUGCCUCAGGUGAAUAAUUUUGUGGUGUUUGAUGGCUUCUUCAGGUAUAAAUCAGCAGCAGUCCAACUGAGAAAAGUUCAACCCAAAAAACCAGAAGGAGAGAUCAAACCAUAUUCCUUGAUGGAGCGGGAGGCUGUGCGAGUGGAGCAGAAGGCCCGCCCCUGGCCUUUCGUUUGCCCCACGGCCACGCCUCCCUCUCCACCUGUGGGUAUAUCCUCCCAGUUUUCUCGUUCGCUCAGUGUUGGCUCCUCCCCCAGCCGCACUCCUCCUUGCCCCGCCCCCAUCCCAGGGCCACGGCGAGGAAUCACCACUCGCCCGCAGCUAUCUGACAGCUGCAGGGCGAAACGCACCAGUUCUCUGAAUAGAUCUCAGCCCAGCUUUCAUUAACCUUUUAACCUAUGACAUCAUAGCCCUAAAGAUGCCUGUUUUUUUUUAAACCUCUUAACUCGUUCUGUAAUUUUGUUUGAUUUACUAAUAGGGUUGUGGAAGUGAAACCUAAUGCUGAAAUAGAGGAAAUUCUGGGUGUUCACAUCAAGUGGUAGGGAAGGGAAGUGAUGUAUCUGAAAGAUUUUUGAAAGGUUAUGGCUUUUGCUCCAGCAUAGAGAAGUGCAUUUUGAAAGGUCUAAUUUGUCAUUGACCCAUGAAGUGUAAAAUGCAGGUGAAACUGCGAUUUGUACCUAGUGCAUUUCUUUACUGUUAUUGUGACAAAAUAAUUAACACUGUCUUCCCCAUAGCACUUUGUUUCAUAUUCAUUAAAAGGAGUUGAACAAAAAAAGCAUGUUGUUUCUCAAAUCACAUAUUCAAAAAUUACAAUACAUAACUAAAAGUAGUUAAACGCUAUUAUGAGUUCUCCCAUCUAAACAAGCUGACUAUGUAUAGAAGUCAAACAAACAAACAACUCCCCCCCCCACCACAACAUUUUGUUGCUUCUUAAAUCUUCGCAUAUUCAGGAACAUCACAGUCAUUUGCAUGUCCUCUUUUUCCUUUAUUAUUUUUGUUCACUAAAUAUUGUGUUCAUUAAAUAUUAUUGCAUUCUAUUAUAAGUUUGAGUUUUCUAAUUGUUACUUAUGUUCUUCUUUUUUUAUGUUUUUCCUUUCUCACACUUUCUUAAUUGUUUCUUUCUAUUUAUUUAUUUUAUUUUAUUUUUUUAUGGCAUGGCCCCCUUCCCCACCUCCAAAUUUGCGUUUGUCCCUGUUCAUUGGUGGUGCCCAUGCUGGAAUCCACGCUCUCCCCACAUCCCCUGUGUUUACAUUCCCCUUCCC